CACAGUAAAUGCAAACUAGUUUGUUUUUGUUUGGCAGGCGUCUUCGCUUCAGCUGUAAGUUUGCUAGCUAGUUAACCUAGCUUGCUAACAUUGUGUCGCGCAAAAUUGAGCCAACCUGCAGCUGUUGUUAUAUAGAAAGUCACUUCCUAUUAAGAAAAGCUCAAUAUCCUAAACAAAGAAGAAAUGGGAGACUCCGUGGUUCCUCUGCGGUCUGGAUAUGAACGCCUUACUGCGGAAGAAAUGGAUGAGCAACGGGUCCAAAACGUGGCAUACCAGUACCUGUGCCGCUUGGAAGAGGCAAAAAGGUGGAUGGAAGCCUGCCUGAAUGAGGAGCUCCCAGCACCAACUGAGCUGGAGGAGGCUCUGAGGAAUGGAGUUCUGUUGGCUAAGCUUGGCCACUGCUUUGCUCCAAACACAGUCCCUCUGAAGAGGAUCUAUGACCUUGACCAGGAGCGUUACAAGGCUGUAGGUCUGCAGUUUCGCCAUACUGAUAACAUCAACCAUUGGAGGAAUGCAUUGGUGGAGAUCGGCCUGCCAAAUAUUUUCUACCCUGAGACCACAGACAUCUAUGACAAGAAGAAUAUGCCCCGGACUGUGUACUGUAUUCAUGCCCUCAGUCUUUACCUCUUUCGUCUGGGUCUGGCUCCACAGAUCCAUGACCUGUGUGGGAAAGUCAAGUUCACAGAGGAGGAGAUUAACAAUAUGAAGAUGGAACUGGACAAAUAUGGUAUUCAGAUGCCUGCUUUCAGCAAGAUUGGAGGAAUCCUAGCCAAUGAGCUGUCAGUGGAUGAGGCUGCUGUGCACGCGGCAGUCAUAGCCAUCAACGAGGCAGUGGAGCGGGGCUGCGUGGAGGAGACGGCACGGGCCCUGCGAAACCCCAACGCCAUGCUGUCCAGCCUGCAGGACACGCUCAUGGCCGUCUACCAGGAGGUGCUACGCCAGGCCCGUGCUCAGAAGGCAGCCCACGCUUCUGCUAAAGUAAAUGGCUCCAUGGAGAAGGACAUUUAUGAAGAAUAUUUGACACAGAGUGAGAUUCAAGAAAACAUAACCAAAGUUAAUGUGCGAGCGGCAUUGGAGUGUGUGGAUGAGGCUAUAGAGUGUGGGGAUCCCCUGGCUCUGUUGUCGGCCCUGCAGAGCCCCAGCCUGGCACUCAGAGGUCUGCUCAGAGACCACGCUGACUGGUAUCUGGAGCAGCUUACAUCUGACAGGGAACAAAAAGCCCUGGAUCUGGGUUGUGUGGACACUCUGGAGAGAGAUGAGCUGCAGGAGGGUGUCUGUGUGGCCAACGAGGAGGCUCAGCGUUCCAAGACAAUGCUGCAGGCAGUGUCCAAAAUCAACGAGGCUCUGCGUGGUGGCGAGGCGUGUCAGACGGUGCGUGCCCUGAUGAACCCUGACGCCCACCUGCCAGACGUGUACCCCUUCGCCGCUGAGCUCUACCAGAGAGAGCUUGCCCCAUUGCAGCAGCAGUGCCCUGAGGGUGAGCUGCAGCAGGAAGAGCUGUUUGUGGCUGUGGAGAUGCUGUCUGCUGUGGCCCUGGUAAACCAGGCGCUGGAGGCUAAAGACACCGGCGCUUUCUGUGCUGCGCUGGUGAGCCCCGCUGCCGGCCUCGCCGACCUCGACGACAGCUUAAUGCAAAGGUACUUUGAGGAACUGUGGGAACCGAAGAGGAGGGCAGGCCGAGCUCUGCUCACAUGGAACGAACUGCAGAGUGGACUGAACACAGUCAAUACGGCAGCUCAGGAUGAGCAUGACCAAAUCCUUGCUAUCGGACUGGUUAACCAGGCUCUCUGCUGCAGUGACCCUCAGAAAAUCCUCGCUGCACUACUGCUACCCUCUAGUGGUUUAAAGGACGUACUGCCGCAAAAUGGCAAACGCUACCACGAAGUACUGAGCCGUAUGAAGAAACACAAGACAGAGCUGAGUCGGGAUCCUGGAGCAGAGCUGUGGUUACCUGACAUUCAGGAGGGUGUGAGAGUGGCCAACCAGGACACUCAAAAAGCCCUGCAGAUGUCUCUGGGCCUGGCUGCUGUCAACCAGGCCGUGAAGGAAGGGAAAGCGGCUCAGACCCUGCGAGUCCUGCGUCUGCCAGAGGUGGCGCUGCGGAGCGUGGUUGCAGAGUGCGCGGCCGGGUACCAGGCCGAGCUAUCCGCUCUGCUGCGGGCCAAAGCCGCGGAGGGUGACAACAAAAGCCCGUGGCUCAGGACCAAGGCUGCGGAAGGCAGCUGUUACUACUUCCACCUGCACAAACUGGAGGGCACCUGGGAGAGACCGCAGGGCUUCGUGCAGAACAGCGUUCUCCUCACCCACGAAGAGAUACAGGCGGUGUGUAGGAGUGUAACUAUGGCCCACAGCCGGGAGGUGCAGUGGAAGGCCAGUGAGGUGCUGGUGCUGCAGCUGCAGGCCCGCGCUCGAGGUUUCCUCCUCAGGCAGAAACUGGCAGAGCGCCUGCACUUCCUCAACACGCAGCUACCUGCCGUCACCACCAUUCAGUCUCACUGGCGACGGUUUCUACAGCAGAGGGCGUACAGGAGCAGACUGGCGUACCUCUACCGAAACUGGAGAGCAGUGGUCAAGAUCCAGGCCACGGUUAAGAUGUGGUUGGCCCGGAGGAGAUACCUGGCCCGCCAGCGCUACUUCAGACGACACGUUGGCGCCAUUAUAAGGAUCCAGGCAUUUUUCAGAGCCAAUAGAGCCCGAGAAGAGUACAGGAUGCUCGUACACUCCAGUACUCCGCCUCUGUCUGUAGUACGGAAGUUUGCCCACCUGUUGGAGCUGGGCGAUAAUGAUAUCCGCCAGGAGGGGGAGCUGCUGCGUCUGCGGGAGGAGGUGGUGCGCACCAUCCGCUCCAACCGGCAGCUGGAAUCAGACCUGGACCUCAUGGACCUGAAGAUUGGCCUGCUGGUGCGCAACCGUGUCACGCUGCAGGAGGUGGUUUCACACCACAAGAAACUCACCAAGAAGAACAAAGAAGAACUGUCUGACAUGAUGGCCCUGGACAAGCACAAAGGCUUGAAGUCUCUGAGCAAGGACAAGCGGGAGAAGCUCGAGGUCUACCAGCACCUCUUCUACCUGCUGCAGACCCAGCCAUCGUAUCUGGCCCAGCUCAUCUUCCUGAUGCCACAGAAUAAGAGCACCCGUUUCAUGGAGACAGUCAUCUUCACCCUCUUCAACUAUGGCUCAGACUGCAGAGAGGCCUACCUGCUGCUGCAGCUCUUUACUGUAGCCCUGCGCCACGAGAUCAAACUGAAGGUGGACCAGCCUCAGCAGGUGGUGACCGGCAACCCCACAGUCAUAAAGAUGCUGGUGAGUUUCUACCGUCACGCUCGUGGCCAGAAUGCGCUGCGGGACAUCCUUGAACCAGCAGUGCGUGAGGUUAUACAGGACCGCACGCUCAGCAUGCGCACUGACCCUGUGGAGAUUUACAAAAGCUGGAUCAACCAGAGCGAGAGUCAGACUGGCCACAAGAGCGCCCUGCCGUACGAGGUGAGUGCAGAGCAGGCUCUGAGUCACCCAGAGGUGCAACAGCGUUUAAACAUUGCCAUGACCAACCUGAAGACUCUGACAGACCGUGUGCUCCACGCCAUCACCAACAAUGUGCACAAACUGCCGUAUGGGUUACGCUACACUGCUAAAGUUCUUAGAGGCUGCCUUCAUGAAAAGUUUCCUGAGGCCAGUGAAGAUGACUUGUACAAGAUCGUAGGGAACCUGGUGUAUUACCGCUACAUGAACCCAGCGGUGGUGGCUCCUGAUGGCUUUGACGUUUUGGAGUUCGGGCCAGGCUCCGCCCUGCUUCCCGACCAGCGGCGAGCACUUGGCUCUAUCGCCCGCAUCCUGCAGCAUGGUGCAGCGCACAAGCACUUCCACGGCGACUCGGCCCACCUAUGCUCCCUCAACGACUACAUCACCCACACGCACGGCAAAUUCAGGAAGUUCCUGCAGGCAGUGUGUGACGUUCCUGAGCCCGAGGAGCGCUUCAGCAUGGAUGAGUACUCAGAGAUGGUCAUCCUCAACAAACCGGUCAUCUACAUCUCUAUGGGCGAACUCAUCAACACACACAAACUCCUGCUGGAGCACCAGGACGCACUGUGUCCUGACCAGAACGCCCCUCUCCUCCUGCUGCUCAGGGACCUGGGCAAGGUGCCCUCUGUUCAGGCCCUCGUCGGAGAGGGGCUUAUCAACUCAGCAGACCCUAACCUGGAGCAGACGUUGGCUCAGUACAGUAAGAUGGAGGUAUCGCUGACUCUCACCAGCAAGUUCGAUGUCUUCAAAAGCUCAGACAACAAACCGGACGCCCGAGGCAUUUUGCUGAGCACCAAGCAGCUGAUAAUCGAUGUGAUCAGAGCACAGCCCGGAGACACGCUGAGCGAGGUGCUCCGGUCCUCCGUCUCCGAGGAUGAGGAGAUGCAGCACGGCUGGCUGAUGCAGCGCAGGGCGCAGCGGGACGCACACACCCCAGAGAAGAUGAAGAGGAACCAGUCUUUAAUCGCCGACAGCAACCUGACGCUGGAGGAGAAGAAGCGAAAGAUCCAGCGCAGCCUGAGGAGGCUGGAAGCUCUGGGAGUGCUCACCCCACCACAUUCAGACACACAGAUACUGCAGCUCAUCACCAAGGACAUCCGUCAUCAGCGCCUGUACCGGCAGAGGAGGCAGGCAGAGCUGGUGAAGCUCAGAAAAACGCUGCACAGCCUGCACUGCAAGAGCUCCUUUCACUCUGAGCAGAUCGACUUCUACAGCCAGUACAUCUCCACCUGCCUGCACAACCUUACUGCCAGUCAGGUGAAUGGGAAGAAGGCAGCAGACGGUAAAGGGAAGAAGAGCAGGCUGCCCACGCUCACCUACACGGCCGCCCGGCUCCAUGAGAAGGGAGUCCUGCUGGAGAUAGAGGACCUGCCCGUUACGCAAUUUAAGAAUGUGAUCUUUGACAUUGUACCCAGUGAGGAAGGCGGCACCUUCCUUGUUAAGGCUCGAUUUUUGGGAGUGGACAUGGAACGUUUCCCCUUGAAAUAUCAGGAUUUGCUGCAGCUCCAGUAUGAAGGUGUUGCUGUGAUGAAGAUGUUUGACAAGGCCAAGGUCAACGUCAAUCUCCUUAUUUUUCUCCUCAACAAGAAAUUCUUCAAAAAGUGAUUUGAAACAGUCAUGGCCAAGUCAUUGUACCGUGCACUCAACACAUGGCUAACAGCUUGACUUUUUCACAUAACACCACCAUUUGGUAUGGCACUUUAUUAGAUAUUUAAAUCAACAGGGAAAACCUAUUUUAAGAAAAGCUUAACCAGUUUGAUAUCACAAUCAUAUGAUUGCAAUUUUAUAACCAAGCCAUUAUGAAUUUUUGGAUUGUUGAUUGGAGUUGAUGGUGCUCAUAUAUAUCUACUGUUUUUCUUAGCUGCUUUUAUGCCUCUUUGUCUAUGCCUUACUUAGAGCAGCUUGGCAGGGUUGUAUUUUUACAUUUAAAAAUGCCAGGAUUGGGUACUGUAUGUAAACUGUUCUUCGACACUAAAUACACUGCUAUCUUUAUAUCCAUAAAACAUGUAUGUUUUAAUGACUAUUAUACUGAAUCAAAAGGGCAAUCUGUUAUAGUUGUAUCUUGUGAUUUGUGUUUCGUUUUUCUGUGUAUGCAUCUGCUGUGUGUUUUAAUAUGUUUGAUUGUCUCCAUCCGUUCCCUCUCCUAGGCCUGGUUGGUAUUUACUGUAUUAUUAAUUGUGUGCACUUAAAUAGAACACUCCGCAGUGUCCAUAUGCUGCUCCAGGCCAGCAGUCCUGGUGUUUUACGCCACUUAGCAGAGCUGUCCACCAAAGCUACCCACUCCUCUGCUGCACUCUAGAUGGCCCUCUCUGCUGUUCCCACCAGCACAGAGCUGGGUUCAGUUGCCCACUCCUACGUGCUUACACGUUGGUGUAUGAUGGGCAGCCUGACUGGUCUAAUGUGCGCGCACACAGGCUCAGACACCCAUGUUCUCCCCAGCCUGUGCAGCCAACUCAACUGCUAAUCAACAGAUUUUGAGUCCCAGUACACCACUCGCUCUGACAGUUCUGGAACUCUAAUUGAGCGUGGUGCGAUGUGCUUUGAUGGUGCUGUGGAUCACUGGUGUCGAGGUCAUGCAGUAUUUUAUUAUUUUUUAAUUUGAGCUCCUAUAAGAUGUAAAUAUUUUCUGUUUCCCUUUUCUGAGUUUCUUUUUCACUUUUGCUUUCUUUAAUAAUUCUGUUGCAUAUUUUAUAACUGUUGCCUCUCGU